UUUAGGUAGAUUCUAUUUUUAAAUAAACUUUGUAUAUAUAAAUAAAUAUUUAAAUCUAUAAAUUAAUCAUAUUGAUAAGAAAAGAAAUGAGUGAAGAGCAAAACUCUAGCACUAAGACAAAAAUAGCGGUUAAACCAAAAAUAAGACAUGAUUGGUAUCAAACAGAAACCGAUGUCACUGUCACUAUUUUGUUAAAGAACGUGGACGAAUCAAAAUUAAAGAUUGAUUAUGGAUCAACAUCUCUUCAUGUUAAGUAUGAAGAAAAUGAACUCGAUUUUCGACUCUUAAAUGGCAUAGUACCUAUAUAUUGCACACAUAAAGUGACUCCAUCAAAAAUAGAAGUGAAACUUGUAAAAGCAAUUGGCAUAAGAUGGGAAAAAUUAGAAGCAGAUGCAGAAUUACCAAAACCAGUCAACCCUACCAAAGCAAAUGAGAAAUGGGAACAAAUUGCAAGGGACUUUGAAGAAGAGAAACCUGAAGGUGAUGCUGCUCUGAAUGCUUUGUUCCAGAAAAUUUAUGGAGAGAGCAAUGAAGAUGUUCGCAGAGCUAUGAACAAGUCAUUUAUGGAAUCAGGUGGUACAGUACUGAGCACAAAUUGGAACGAGGUGGGCAAAGAGAAGGUUGAGGUUCGUCCACCAGAUGGAAUGGAGUAUAAGAAAUGGGAUUCAUAAAUUUAUUUUUUUAAAACGAUUAAGAAAUUCUUAAAUUUCAUUGAGAGAAAUCAUUUUAUGUAAAUAUCAUUUUUCAAAUAUAUUAAUGUUUAUAA